ACAUUACCCUAAAAUUGAGCUCGAGUCGCUCGACUCGCCCUCUCCCCAAAACCUUCCACAAACCCUCGCCCUCGCUCUUUCUUGAGAGAGAGAGAGAGAGAGAAAACCCUCGUCUUUAUUUAUUUCCUUUUCCCCUCUCUCCCCUCUCUCGUUGAUCUCGAUGAUGUUUAGGGUUUUCCAAGGGUCCAGGCCUCUGAUGGCGGCCGCCAAGGCCGCGCCCAAGAAUAGAGAGAGUCCAGAGCACGCCUGCCGCGCUCGCCGCCUCGUCGGACAAGCCGAGAUGAGAUCGGGAUCAUGAAGCCGCUGCCGGUUUCGCCGGCGCUGAAGAAGUUCGUCGGAGCUCCUGAGGUCUCUCGCCCUGAGGCGGUCAAAAAGAUCUGGGAUCACAUCAAGUCCAACAACCUCCAGAACCCAGCGAACAAGAGGGAAAUUCGCUGCGAUGAUAAGCUGAAGUCCAUCUUUGAUGGGAAAGAGACAGUUGGGAUGAUGGAAAUUGCAGGUUUGCUGAAGCCUCAUUUCCUUUGAAUGGAACUGAUUUUAUGACAGAAAGCUGAUGCAUCCAGGAUUUGGUUGGUGCUUUUUGUUCAGCUACUUUAAUGUUCUCGGAAGUGAACUUAUGGCGUUGGAUCUGUUGAUAUAUUGUAUCAACCUGUAGAAAAGACCUAUUUAGUCCGUGGUUUUCUCUUACUGUGAUGCCUUUGCAUUUUAUUAAUAUCCCUUCGUAUUUAAAGCAAGGAUUUUAGAUGAUUAAUGAUGGGUUUUCUUUGUGUA